UUCUGUGAGUGAUCUCUGAACAUCAGCGUGCGGCAAUAACAGCCCUCUGCAAGAGUGUGCUCAGUAGAAAUGGAAAACCUACUGAAGUUGUGUCUCUUUCUUCUCUGCCUUGAAACCGCUCUCUCUGUGCAGUGCGUACUGUGUCGAACUUACACAAAUGGAGAGUGUCUUAAUGGGAAUGACACAUGCAUUACAAGACCUGAUGAAAGGUGUAUGUUCCGCAGAAUCGUGUAUGCAUCUGAAAGCUAUACUAUGGAAACUGCGGAAAUGGGCUGCACCCCUUACUGUACUAAUGACACAAUAUUUGACCGCCUAAAAUUAUUUACAUACUGCUGCAAUUCUGAAGAUUUCUGCAAUGGCAUUAACUUACCAAUCAUAACAGCUUAGUGUAAGCUGGUUUCAGUUGACCUCAUCAUUCAUUUCCAUUUCUUCCUGUCUUUCUUUUCUUCCUUGGGUUUCAUAUUUUUUAAGACCAGGGAUUUUUCUAAGCCUCACAUUUUGCAAGUCAUAGAACUUGGGGACAGACAGAACUUCCUUGGUAUUAAGAAAAUGUAUCUGAUUAUAUUAGCUAAUUCUUAUUCCUGAUAUUCCCUAGACCUCAUCACCAUGAAUGUAGUUGACAUGCGGUUACAUCAAUGCAUUUGUCACACCAGAGGGGCUCAGCAAAACAGAUGAGUAGAUAAAAGGAUGGGUAAAAUGUCAGAAAGAGGGGGAACAGUCCCAGUACCCUAAAACAUGUGUUUCAGAAAUUGGUUGCAACUAUUUUGCAUCGUGACUUACACUUCCAGGGACAAAUUUAAAGCAGAAAAGAUUGCUGUAGAUCCUGGUUUCAGUCCUUCAUUGUCUUGUUCCAUUGUCAUCAGCCUAAGCUAAAGCUAAAAGCUAAACAUGAAACGCCAUGACAUACCAAAACUCCUCACCUCAUGGUGUCCAGGAAGCAGCAAGACAGAAGAUAGGGUAAGACAAGGAUGCUAACAAAAAACCCUCGGUGGCCUGCUCUAACAAAGUAAGCCUCACAGCUGAAAAUAAAGACAUCUACAUGGUCUAGUUCCCAUGAAUGAUAAAAAUCACAGCUACAAGGUUGUAAUACCAAGUUUCACCUAGUGAAGAAAAUCUCCACCUAUUGCUUCUGUUAUAUAGCUGCCAGAAAAUAAAUCGACUAAAUGGUAACUACUCUUUGAAAGAUGUUGUUUUAUUUCUGAGCAUGUAGAACCAGCAAUGAAAAUGGUGUUGACUCUCAGUAAGACCGAAUUAGAUUUGCAAGCCCUCAUUCCCUUCUUCCUCCAAAGUUCAGGCACCUUAGGAUUAAACUUUCAUUUCAUUGAUUUCAGGCAUACUAAAUCGUCAACACUGAGUAGAAUCAAAUUUCUUCUCAAUGUAUAGGAUACACUCAUGAUUCAGGAAGACAUCAGCCUUUCAAUUAGCAUACAUAGGAUUUAUUAAACAGUUACUACUACAGAUCAUUUUCCCCUUUAUUAAUUGGAUAUAUUGCAAAUAGGAUGGUUGGAAAAGGAUUAAAGUGUCUAAGAAGUGAUGAGUCACAAAUGUAGUAGCUAGGCCUCAUGCCCUCCUUUCAAGGCUCAGUGAUUACCACAGAAAAGAGAGCAGAAAUACUGAAAGAGUCAAAAAUGGUGUAGUCCUAGAGAAAAAAACCCCUUUCCUGAACAUGACAAGGACUUUGCACUCCUGGACUCAGGGCAGUUUUGGUUCCCUCUACAAGAUCUGCACAUAAUCAAGCCAGUCGGCAUGCCAGCAUGGAUGGAGGAGGGGACCAUCAUUUCCUACCCCUACCUGAAGUGCUACUGAAAGUUAAGGACUAUAAGGGGAAAGAGAAUCAGUUUUCUUCAGAGAUUUGGACCUCGUUAACUUGUCCAUGUUCUGAUAGAUGUCUCCAAAACUAUGUUUGUUUGAACAGCACUAACUGACUCAGUGGUUUGGUUUUUUAAUGACAUGAAAUGUGUUGCAUGAAGAGGAUUUAGAAGGGAUUGGAUGGAAGAA